UAGUCCCCCCCCCUCUCUCUCUCUCUCUCUCUUUCUGUCUCUCCUUCGAUGGAGGCGCCUGGAGCUGGUCCUCCUGAGCCAGGAUCGGUCCCUGCCAGCGCCCCUGAGGCUGGAUCGGGCCCCCUCUUGGCCAAGGAGGAGAUCGACCUCUCCCUGGAUGACAUUAUAAAGCGGAACAAGAAAGGACAAGGGAAUCCGAAAGGGAACAGAUGGAGGCAGCCGCUCAAGAACCGCAACCCAGCCUACGGCAAUGGGAAACCUAGAUUCCGGAGUUGGGUGCCACGGAACGUGCAAGGACCCAACAGAUUUCCAGGCAGGUUUAGGAAGCAGCCAUUUUACAGGAAACCAGGAUGGAAUGGAGUCACCAGACCAGGGCAGGGAUCCCCCCUCGGUCCAAAUGGGACGAGCCCCUUGAAUCGGACGCUGUCGCUGCAGCAGGACAAGCAAGAAGAAACCACCAUGGACACAAGUGGCAGCGGCAAUGGCGGGGCAACAGGAGGGACUCAGCAAAGGCCACCUGCCAGGACCCAGCGGUUCAGAAAUGCAAGGGCAUUGCCACCAGCCCAAAGGAUCCCUUUCCUUCCCUGCAGUAACCGGCCUUUCUGGAAAAACCCAAGACCACCUUUCUUCCAGCGACAAUCGAGGUUCAACUUUAGAGGACGGCAGCAAGCACAGCCAAGAACAGAAGGGAAGCCACCAAGGAUAAGAAGGUGGCAGCCACAGCCCAGUUCUGGAGCAGUCUUGACUGUCUCUGUGUCGAACCCACAAGCAAGUCAGACGAACAUGCCAGGAGGCAAACGCCCCUUCCCAAGAGAGAGAAGCGCCCCAGCCAAGAUGGCCCGUCAUCAACCAAAAGGAGUGCCCCUGAGGUUCAACUUCCGUGCCACGGCUAACCAGACCAGCUUGACGUUAAACGAACGGUUCUCCGGACUGAGGAACAAACGCUAUUUCUCUGCAGUACGCAACCCGGGUCGGAUGGUCACUCUGCCCUAACGCUGCCUCAUUCGGGGGAAACCACUCCUACUCCAAACAGGAACAAGCCUCUGGGUUCCAGCUGGUUUUCCUCUCCUCCCUGGAUGGUGGCCUGGAUCACCCACAUCUUGCAUGAGAAAGACCCCUCUCAAAGACUUCUGUCCAUGGUCAGAGGGCUACAAGGUUGGCCGGAAUCUGACUCUUUGUCCAGCGCUCUCUCCUUGCAGACUGAUGUGGCUAACACAAAAGGCUUUGUAUUUUUACUUGUUGGGUUUGAUUUAUGACUCUUGCUCAGAGUAAAGGUCCAUGGCUCAGCACUGAUUUAGGAGCCAUUGACUACCAAUCUGUAGUGAAUUUCCAGAAAAGUUUGCAAAUUCAGUAAUAUGGCGCAAAUAUGGCACUGGUCCCUGGCACAUUGGGAUGAAAAGAAAGCUGCUAGUUCAUCAUAUGAAACAGCACGAGAAGCACAAAUCCAUGACAUAUUCAGGUCCGACCUUGUUUUGUCUCAGGAUCUUAAUGGGAAGACAAUUGGUGUGGAUGGUCUCCCAGGCCCUCUCCUAGGAGACCACUUUGCAGUGAUAUAGACUCAACUCUUUUGACUCAGAUUCAAGUUGCUUCAGUGACUCAGCUUGGACUCAACUUGGCAAUAAAUGAUGCACUGACUCGACUUGUGACUUCUAUAAUUUUAGCAACUGACUUGGUCGCAUCAUUCAUUUCAAGCAGCAAGCAAGACUCGCCUCCAGAGCAAGGGGCAAGUUUCUUGGAGGUGAACAGCAAAUAUAAUAAUAAUAAUAAUAAUAAUAAUAAUAAUAAUAAUUUAUAUACCGCUAUUCCAAAUUAGAUCACAGCGGUGUACAGCAAGAAGUGAUACAAUAUAAAAACCCAACAUAACACGUAUUACCAACAAAAUAGUAACAACAUCCCAUUAGAAUUUACAAGCUAUAAAACUUACAGAUGCAUUAGGCAACAGGCUUUAAAUGGAAGGAUCCUUCUAAAGCUUUUCAAUAGCUUUCGAAGGCAUCUCUGACUGGCUGCCAAGCAGACCUCAACCCCAUUGCCUAGCAUUUGCUGUUCCCCUCUGAGAAAUGCACCCUGCCUCCUUUUCAUCUGGCUCUCAGACUUGAGACUUGACUUGAAAUUAUCUUGCAAGGACUUGACUUUGGACUUGAAGGUAGAGACUUGAUAUUUUACUAGAGUGUGUUGUUGUUGUUGUGUGCCUCCAAGUCAUUCCCGACUUAUGACGACGCUAAGGUGAACCUAUCAUGGGGCUUUCUUGGCACGAUUUGUUCAGAGGAGGUUUGCCAUUGCAUUACUCUUGACCUGAUUUUACCUGAGACUUGGAGUAAAAGACUUGAAUACAUUACUGCCACUUUGGACGAAAGUAGGGACUUGAGCCAGCUUUGGCCUUUGCAAUGAAGAUGGCAAGAAAGAAGCACCACUUUGCAGGGAGGAAGGAGGGAACAUUGUUUGCCUGGCAGCAGCUUCGAUGUCACGGCAAUGCUGUGCGCUGGAGUAGGAUCCUCAGCCCUACUGACCUGGGAGCUACUGGUUGCCACUACUAUUAGCCCCUGGUUGUCACCUUGACUUUUCCUUUUUGGCCUGGAAAGCACUUUUGCAGAGUUGUUUGGAGGAUGUGGUUGUGAAGAGUUGUAGUGCACUGAAUAAAACCACUUUUGGAAGCUGAA